ACCAGCGAGUUUGAGUUUGAAUUUUGAUAUGUUUCCAGGUUGGCCUUUUUAAUCUCCUUUUUUUAUUCUCACAUCUGUCAUCCAUCCAGCAAAUAUAUACCCAAGAUUAUUCAUUCUUCUCUCACGCCCUUUCUUGGACUCUUGUCAACAUUAUCAUUUGCCUUUGCCUUGCUCAAGUAGUCCUGGAGGAGUGGGGUUUUCUGUACCGGAUUACUAUCCCCGGCAUCUCACCUACUCAGUUUAGUCCUUCAUUUUCAUCCAAACGGUCACCGCGCCCUCUAGAUGACCACAAUUGACGAAAUGGACGAGUUUUUCAAUUUUGAGGAUGCUACUCAUUCGACCACUGAUCACUUCGAUUAUGACUUUAGUCAUCUCAAUGCCACUUCGGGUGUAGAUCCCUAUGAUAUCGACCUAACCUUUGCGGAUCCUGAAGGAGAUGGGAACCCAUUCACACGCCUUCAACAUUUCUCCGCUCCAGAAGAACACCCUUCCCAAGCUUCUGGAAGUGAGUUGGUCAAUACAUCGACACUUGAUAUAACGACCCUUGAAGCACACGACUUCCAAGAUUUCCCAAGGUGGAUUAAUGGAAUGUCAGAGCCUACCAAGCCUUGUACACGAUGUCGCCAAGAGAACACUCAUUGCAAAGUUAUCAAAGAGGGUUUUCGUAAGGGUUCUUGCACAUGCUGUGUGGCGCUUGCGAGACAAUGCAGCUUAACACGAGAUUUGAAUAUCACGGACACAAAAUCAUAUGAUUAUCGUGGCUCUGACAAAGUCAACGGUAUUGGGGACAGCCAGGGAAACCGAAACAUCAACGAAGAAGAAAUCACAUCUUCAGUCAAGCAGUGUGAGCACUGCAGAGCAUGUGCUGAACCAUGCAACGUAUUAUCAGAGGGGGAGAGUCUCGCUUGUCAAAAUUGCCUGGUAUUGAACCAACCUUGUAGCUUGGUACGACAUAAUGAUUGGCAGACAGCGGAAGGUCUCUCUCAAUCCAACCCUCUCAUAUCACCCAUGUCUCCUUUUGAAGGGUACAGUUCAUACUCAGCAUCUCGAAACGAUUCUUCGACAGAUUUAUCAAAUAUCAAAACUUCCACAGAAAAUCUCAAAUUGGAUGUUGGGGAAAAUAGUCCUAAAGUUGGAGCGAGAUUCUCAAGACAGUCGGUACGAAUCCUCAAGGAUUGGCUCGGACUACACCAUCAUCAUCCAUACCCAACAGAUUCUGAAAGGGAGAUCCUAAUGUCCAAAACGGGAUUGAACAAAACGCAAAUCACGAAUUGGCUCGCGAAUGCACGCCGAAGAGGAAAGACGAGACCGACAGUUACCCCGCCAACUGCGGGAAAUUAUGCAAAUGCCAUGGAUAUCCCAAGGAAAGCUACUCCUGCGUUGGAGCACAUGAAUCCUCUGGAACGUUGGAAGCACUCUCCACCCGAACAUGAACCUGCAUCGGCAACCGCUAUAGCAAAGGCCGUUACAGCUUCUAGUUACAAUUCUGGUAUGGAUAGUCCAUACACCAGUUACGCUGAUGAUGGGUCGAACCGAUCCCUUUACAAUGUAUCGUCGGCUAGUAGUUUGGGAACUUCCCACUCUAGCGCUGGUUCAUUUGCUUCGGCAUAUUCUCAUAGAUCUCGUGGAUCGUUUGGCUCUUUUGGUUCUUUUGGACUCAAAGGCAGACGUCGUCGUCGUCGACAAGCACCAAAACCAGCAAAAGCUAUAGCUGCAGGUCCCGCCCGUACCUUUCAAUGCACUUUCUGUACCGAAUCCUUCAAGACAAAACAUGAUUGGCAGAGGCAUGAGAAAUCUCUACAUUUAUCCCUCGAGAGGUGGAUCUGUUGUCCCAAUGGCCCUACACAAUACAACAAGGAGUACGGACGACCAGCUUGCGUAUAUUGCGAUCAACCGAACCCGUCAGAUGGUCAUGCUGAAACACAUAACCAUUCAAGUUGUGCUGAGAAGUCAAUUGAAGAAAGGACAUUCUAUAGGAAAGACCACCUACGACAACAUUUGAACCUUGUUCAUGAAGCGAAAUUUGUUAGUUGGAGCAUGGAAAGCUGGAAAGCCAUCACGCCAGAAAUACGCUCUAGAUGCGGCUUCUGCGGCAUAGUGAUGGAUUCUUGGACGGCUAGAAUUGAUCAUUUAGCCGAACAUUUCAAAAGUGGAAAAAGUAUGGUUGAUUGGAAGGGUGACUGGGGUUUCGAACCACAAAUUCUCAACAUCGUUGAGAAUGGAAUUCCCCCUUGUAAGUAUUUUUGUUCCUCAUCCUUCUGCGUUUGCGAAGACUAAUGCUGUAAUAGAUCUGAUUCAUGAAGAACGAAUGACCAUGCGGCCCUUUGAAGCUUCGCGAUAUCUUUCAAAUGUAGAGCACACACCAGAAAACCUGAUCAAGAGCGGUCUCACUCAAUACGUCAAUGACAAGGUUGUACAAGGCAUAACACCAACAGACAAAGAGUUGCUCGGAAUGGCACGCCAAAUAAUCCGCAAUUUGGAUGCUGUGUCUGAUCCACAGCAUUAUUCCCAAGGCUCUUGGCUAAGCGACCUGAUCUUGCUCUCCAGGUCGGAUAUCUGCCAGACAGAUGAAGAUGUCCUUGAAAUGUCGUCAAGCAAGCCAUUAGAAACAGUACAACGCUCAUUGAUUGAUGCAACACCAUUAAUGCACCAAUGUCCAAAAGAGAUUGCCCUACGAAAUUACGUUAAUUCGAGACAAAUGCUUGGUUUAACUGCUACGGACUCUGAACUACAAGUGGAAGCAUGUAGGAUUAUUGACGAAGCUGAAUUAACAGCCGCGGUACCUUGCAAAGGCGCUGUUUCAUGGUUCAAGUACCUGAUAAAGGAUUCGACUGGCUGGCUCGCUGAUUUCAGAAGGCGUGCAGGCUUACCUAGGAGUUGUGAAAUGGCUAAUGAAGGUGUAAGAUCGAAGGACGAAACUUCUAUUGAUCAUGGCAUACAUAACUAUGCUCGACUCGAAGCAGAGAUGAAAGAUUAUGUGCAACUUCAAUUCUCCCUGGGUAAAAAGCCUGCAGAUCCUGAUCUUCAGCGACACGCUAGGCUCAUCGUUUAUGGAAAUGAUGACCAAUGGAAUCAAACGUGGGCUGACGAUCCACUAUAUCUUCAUAUAUUCAAGACGAGAAACGGACUUGCGCCUGCCGCGGAAAAUAAACCUUCCAUCAUGUUUCCAACAGCUAUCGGUUCUCCUGAGCGAGCCGAAUCCCCGUCAAGAACCUCACAUUGGGAGUUGGAGAAUUACGAGGCUCGUAGUCCUCCAGGGAGUAAAGGGAAUUCACCAAAUAUGAACUACAAUCAGCCAGUCCAUACACUGGAAGCAUCCAAUCAACCAUCGACAAACUCUAACCCUACACAGCCUCUGAAGUACUUCCUCAACGAUGCAAAUUGUUACAAUCGAUUAGUCCGAGAGCUUUCCAGAUUUGUGGCGAGAUGUAUGUCGCCAAACAAUCCCAACCAACAUGUAAGAACAUCUCUCAACCCGAUAGUCUUUUUGAUGUACUGACAAACAGUAGAUCCCAACAGAUGGCGAACUUCAAAACCAAGCGCGCUGGGUAAUUUAUGAUGAUGACGACCCAUGGAACCAGACCGCAGCCGACAACGCAGAAUGGUUAAUGCGAUUUAAACGUGAUGCCGGUCUGUCACCUCAAGAAUCUGGGCCGGGUCUUCCCACAGCAAAUGUCUCCUGGAGAGUUUCUUCAGGCGGCUCAGGUUUCUAUCCACCUUACUUGAAUCCAGGAAAGAAUCUCAAGGCAUGUGAUAGUGCAGAAAUAGAAGUCAAUCUUGCGAAAAUAGACGGAAGCGAGAAGAUGGUGAGGUUGAGAGGAGAAACCGCGAAUGUAUAUAUCAAAGGACUCAAAAAGCGAUACAAAAUGCCCGCACACGUUUUCUGCUCGAGGGAAUUAGAAGAAGCAUUAUUCGAUUUGGUCAAGACAGAAAAAGAACACGGCCGCGUGCCCACCGAUGGAUUAUUGAGGGCCAGAGCAAGGGACGUUUUGAAUGUGCCGAACACAGCAGCGGAUGACCAGGAACUUUUGGAGAAAUUCAAAGCUCAUUAUGGAGUUCCUUCAUCUGAUCAACAACAAAAUCAUUCGCUACAUUCACAAACUCAAACGUAUCAACCACAAGCCCAAUCAAUACUCUCAUUUUCCGCGCAACAACCUCCAGCUUUUCUCAACGAUGAUAAUUUAUUAGCUUGUUUCGGUGAGGAAUUAUUUGAUCAUUGUGAUAUGGACUUGGGGCUUAACACCUCAUCAACCGCCAACAUGGACUUCUUCUCGAGUCAAGCUUCUUCAACGUUACGACCAGUCGUUCCUGCAUCGCCAUUUACCGGUAUAAAUGAGGGGGAUUUCGAUAUGAACAUGAAUAUGGGGAUGGAAGACCAACAUGCAGAACCAUGGGCUAAUGGGAUGAACGCGUUAAACGAGUUAGAGGAAAUGGAGGAAACAGACGAGGGUUUCAAUUUUGAAGGACUUAGUGAGGAGGGAAUGAAUAAGCAAAUUGAAUUUGCUGAGUUGCACAAGGUUAAUACGGCUACAGCUAGUCCGUGGAGAAGGAAGGCAUCUGAAAGGUUAGCGAGAGGAAAAGGGAAUCCUAGGAAUGUUGAAGGGGGAGGUGGGGUGAUGGGGUAUGAUUUUUCAAGAGGAGGAAGAGAGAGGCUUUGGUGAGGGUCGUGAAUUUGAUAGUUAAGAAUAAAGAGCAAUAAUAAUUAUAUGACCGGCAGUUGAGAAAAUAAACAACUGAAAGGUUUUUUCUAAAGAGAUGAUGAAAAGUUCAUAAAAUAUAAUAUUAUAAAUUACAAUAAAAU